GGUAACCAAUAAAAACUAUGCAAAAAACAAUUUAUGUACCUUAAGACUCACCAUCGGCAGCAUAAGAGAAACCCCUUAAUGUCACAGCAAAAUAACUAAUAGAGUGUAGGGAACAAUAGAGAGAUUAAUCAAUAAACAUGAUAUAGAAUUAAACAAUACAAGAGGUGUAUUAGAGAUAAGAUUAGUAACUGUCAUCACAAAUCUAUUGAGGACCUCAACCUACAUUAGAAUGGGAGGAUACGGAAGGCAAUGUGCAGCAGCGCUCGCAGGGUCAAUUGCAAUAUUCAGUACUGGUAUGGCUUACGGAUGGGUCUCGCCAGUACUAAACACAAUCACAGAUGAAAAUGGAGAAAUACGAGCUUCAAAAGAACAAUAUUCCUGGAUCGCUGCUGAUGUUGAGAUCGGGUUUUUUUCCACUCCGUUCCUCGCAAGCUAUCUAAUGGACAAGUUCGGAAGAAAAAGACCAAUGUUGAUUACUGUUUUGCUGUCACUUGUUUCGUGGACUCUGACAAUCACCACAAGAUCGGUAAAUAUUCUUUAUUUGAAGAGGAUCCUGGACGGCAUGGUGGGAGGCGUGAUGUUGACAGUUACUCCGGUUUACUUGGCAGAGAUAGCAGAGGCCAGCAUCCGUGGAUCAGUGUUGCUAUCAAUCACUGUCACUUGGUUUGCCGGGACACUCGCACAGUUUUGUAUUGGAACUUAUCUGUCGUACAACGUCAGUGCAGCAGUCAACCUCAUUCCGCCUCUAGCUUACUGUGUUUUGUUUUCCUUUCUCCCAGAAUCGCCUUAUUACCUAAUGAUGAAGAAGGAAGAUAAAAAGGCGGCCAAAUCACUAUCUUGGUUUCGUGACAUCCAAAUAGAUCAAGCGGCUAAAGAAUUGACAGAGAUCUCAGAUUAUCUAAAGCGAGAUGCAGAAAACAAAAAGUCGUGGUACGAUGUCAUGGUGAACCCUAUCUAUAGAAGGUGCUUGUUUGUGGUGCUAGUAAUAAGUUUAGCAGUGAAUCUGACUGGUGUAACAGCUGUAUUCGCAUAUGCUACAAAGAUUUUUGCUGGCACGUCAAAUGGCUUUUUAAAUCCUGACAUAUGUUCAGUCGUAAUCGCGUCUUUGUUUUUCGUAAUUUCUAUUCCUGUAUGUUUAUUAAUUGAUAAAAUCGGAAGACGCCCUUUACUAUUAAUAUCUACUACUGGAUGUUGUCUUUCAAGUUUGUUAUCUGCUGGUUACUUUUACUAUAAAGAUCAAAUAGUUUAUACUUGGAUCCCACUGGUAACAGUAGGUUUGUAUAGUGUUUUUGUGUCAGUAGGACUGAACCCUGUCACCAUAGCUUUUCAAGGGGAAUUAUUUCCGUCCAGUGUGAAAAGUGUCGCAUCCGGUAUGGUGCAAGUGUUUCUCACCAUCACAUCAUUCGUUGGUAUUAAAAUGUUUUAUUUGGUAGAAAGUUAUUUUGGACUGUACGUCAAUUAUAUUAUUUACGCUGUUGUAGGAUUUAUAGCAUCAAUAUUGCUAUACAUUUACGCCCCAGAGACUAAAAACAAAACUUUCAACCAACUGUUGGUAGAGUUGCAGGGAGUUAAAGUAAAAGAUGAACUGCAAGAAAUGGAGGAAUUAAAGAGUUUGAAUCAAGUAACUUAGAGGUAUGGUAAGGUAUAACCCAUAACCAUACCUAUAAUACAGGGCCAA